GAUUAGGAAAACCUUGUUACAAUGGCGACCUAUUCCCAUGAGAAAGUUGUCAGGCUUGAUAUCUCUGUGGAUGAAAUUCUUGUUGUGGACAUACUCAAUUCGGCCUAUCAUUUGAUCAGCAAGCAUUAAAACGGUUUUCAUUGUGAAUCUUCGAGAACAGAAGUUGAAAAGAUCCUCAAGACUUGGCCCCAAGAGAUCCAUCACAAGAAUAUUGUAAUCCUUUUCUUGGCCAUACCAGCGAAUAUGCGGGAUUCCAACACCACCCUGAAGAAUCUUAUACAGUUUACUUUCAUACAGCAACUGGGGGUGCCGUGCCUUGGUUGAUUCAAGUUUUACAGCUACCUCUUCACCGUUUGUUAUGUUGAUGCCCAAAUAAAUGUCUCCAAACGACCCACUGCCUAUUUUUCUUACCAAACGAUACUUUCCACCCACCAGAAACUCGCUUUUCUGAUUUGAUCCACCAGCGCUUUCCAUGAUAAAAAAAUUUAUCACAAGUUUUUCCUUCCAAAGUUUCAAAAAUGGGAGGUAUUUUGGUCCCAAAAUAUGGUAAAAUUUUAGUUUGGCUCGGUUGCCAUUUUGAGAGGGCUUGUCGUUGUCGUCGCAAUAGAUUACCCACAAUCCCUAUUCCUACUCGACGAGUUCAGACACGAAGUACGCAUGUGUGACCGGAAGCGACUAUUUGAUUAACUCCAACUUCCUGUGUUGAUGAAGCUUCAAAUUGAAAGUGAAUCAUUGCGCUGACUUUACGGCUAUUGCUGCACUAAUCGUGAAGAAUGAAGCGGCCUGUGACUGUUCCUCGUCAGGAAUCUCUGAUGUAUCCAAUAGUGAAAAACCCAUUUGUGCAUAAUCUGCAGUUUAGCACAUUAGAUAUUGUUAGAAUCGUGUUUAUGUCUGUCACCAUUGCUCCUGUGAGGUUAGUGUCCUUGGCUGUGUUAUUUAUGCUUGCCUGGCUAUUAGCAGCUAUUUCAUUGGCCAAUAGAACACCAGAGGAAAAGAAAAAACCUUUAGAAGGAUGGAGGAAGUCCAUGAUGACGCCAUUGAUAAUGCUCGGGAGGGCUGUAGUCUUUUGUACAAGUUUCCAUAGCGUUAAGGUUAAAGGUCAACCAGCAACUGCAGAGGAAGCACCUCUCCUGAUAGUGGGGCCUCAUUCCAGUUUUUUUGAUGGGCUUGUUUUGUUUUUUUGUUCCACCAUACCAACUGUCUUGUCUAGGAAGGAAAAUUCCUCCAUUUUUGUAAUUGGAUCUCUCAUAGAGUAUACACAGCCAGUUCUAGUUAAAAGAGAGGAUCCUAACUCCAGAACAAACACAGUCAAAGAAAUCCACAGAAGAGCCCACUCGGAGGGAAAAUGGCCUCAGAUCAUCAUUUUCCCUGAGGGAACAUGCACCAACAGAAGCUGCCUUAUUAAUUUCAAACCUGGUGCUUUUUACCCAGGCACUGCAGUACAGCCUGUUUGUAUACGAUACCCAAAUCACUUCGACACUAUAACGUGGACAUGGGAAGGCCCUGGAGCCUUCGCUCUGUUGUGGUACACGUUAUGUCAGUUUCACACAAAAUGUGAAAUUGAGUUUUUACCAGUCUAUACUCCAUCAGAAGAAGAGAAGAAGGAUGCUUCAUUAUUUGCAGCCAAUGUUAGGGCAAAAAUGGCAGAGGCACUGGGUGUCCCUGUAACAGAUCAUUCAUAUGAUGAUUGUCGACUGAUGCAGAAAGCAGCCAAGCUCAAGCUCCCCAAAACUGUAGGACUCGUGGAGUUCAUGAAAUUGAACAAGAAACUUGGGUUGAAAUUUGAUGCAGCCAAAGAGUUGCUGGAUAAAUAUUUUGAUAUUGCAAAGAACAGUGAUGGAAACAUUACUUAUGAAGAAUUUGCAAAGUAUCUCCGUUUACCAAAAUCCGAUGCACUGGAAGAGGUUUUUUCACUGUAUGAUCGGGAUGGAUCAGGAACCAUCGACUUCAGGGAGUAUGUUAUAGGACUGUCUUUAGUAUCAUCACCAGAAAACACUGAGGAUACCAUUAAAUUUGCAUUCCAGCUUUUUGAUGAGGACAACAAGGGAUACAUUACCAAGCCAGAGCUGAGGAACAUUCUACAUAAUGCUUUCAACAUGGAUGGACUGGAUUCAGAGGCUCUGUUUGAUGAGGUUGAUGUUAAAGAAGAUGGCAAAAUCUGUUUUGAGGAGUUUUCUCAGUAUGCCAUGAAGAAGCCAGAAUAUGCAAAACUGUUUAAGACUUACCAUGAUGCAAAGACUAAUGGUCACCAGAAACAGGAGUGAAAGGUUCAGAAGCAGCUGGUACUGAAACAAGCAUACAGAGAGUGAGGAUGAUAUUAAAUAGCUAACGUCGGUGUCUGCGGAGCUGGUGCUGACCGGCAUUUUGUUUUAUGUUUGUUAUUUUGUUUUCUGUUUAGACAGUAUUAUCAUUGUCUUUCUGCCCUGCGGAUUUUUAACUUUGACACAGUCAUGGGUUCUUCAAUUAUGGAUAGGAUGUAGUUAUUGUAAUAUAUUUUAUUGAUGAUAUUGAAUUUUUCAGAAAUUUAGCUUAUACUUACUGUGGUUUCUUAUCUAGUUUUAGUUUAUGUAAGGUGUCUCAUAUCUGUUACAUAUACCUUUCACAGUUUUAAUUUCAUGUUAUUUAUUACAACAAAUACUUUAUAAAAAUAGACAUGUAGUUCAUUUUAAUUGCCACGUUCACUAGCCCUUUUCUCUGGAUUUUUCUUCUCACACUAUCAAAAAUGUUCUCUGUAAACAUUUAUUUUCAUUAGAGUACAUGAAAUGCUAUAUAUACACACACAUAGAUAAAACAUUCUUAGCACAAACUAUGAAAGUGGGUAAUCUGAUGUUUCUUUUUUAAUGUUUUGAAAGGGAACAAAAAUAUUUUUUUACGGGAACUUUUUUCCCCCCACUCAUUGUGAGUUUUGUAUUCAUAGCAGUAUAAAGCUAAACUGCAAGAAUUUAGGUGCUAAUCUGAGAGGAGGGAAACCUGUAGCUAUAUGGUUUCAUUUGAUUCCAUAAAAUACAAAUAAGUUUUGGAAUAUAUGGCAGUUGCAGACAUAUAAGGUGGGUGGGGAUGGGCAUUGCACACACACACACACACACACACACACACACACACACCUUGAACAUUUUCUGGAUCUGCUCCUGUGUAGUGAAUCAGGAAUUUAAACAGAAGUAUUUAUGUAAACAGAUGUCACAACACCUUGCACUAUAUACAGGGGAUAUAACAGAAACAGGAUAUGGAGGGCUCUUAGUGCUUAUUAUUUUAAUGAAUCUCAUGUUUUAUUAGAAAGCAUAUUAUCAGUAGAUGUUGGGAAUGAAAAAAAAAAUCAAAAGCAUGCAAAUGAAUUGUUGUUCUGAUUGAAUAUGAAAGAGUUCUUUUUGCUGGUCAUAUCAACGCAAAGCUUUUCUCAUUCUAGGCCCCAUUUACUCAAAAUUCUUAUGGUUUCAUAUUUAUCACAGGAUUUAAUAGUAUUACCUUUUAUUUGGAAUAACAAAACUUUCUUUAAAUAGUUCACUGAAAUGAUACCUCUACGAAAAGGUAAGAUCAGCCGUACCUAAACAUGGUAAAAGCUCAUUGACUGUCACUAUUUGACUUUUUGGCCAAAAAUGAAAUGUUAUUCCUGUUUAUUUACCUAUAGGUCAGUUUGAAGUGUUGCAAAUUGGGGAAAGAAACCCAAUAUUUUAAUGUAGAACUUGAUUCCAAAUUUUAUUUGGAAUUUGUUUUCACAGAUUUAUCAUUUUAAAAUCAAUACUCAUUUUAAGUUAAUGUGAACCACAAAUCAAUAGUAUUAUACCCAUAAAUUAUUUUAGCCAUCUCUUCCUUCUCCUUUCCCCAUCUUCUUCAUGAAAAACAUGAUGGAUACUGGAUUUAAUUCUCAAGACUGUUAUAUUUGAAACCUUUUUUUUCACCUUUUCGUGUGGCAUCUGUUAUUUUGCCACUUUUAAAAGAUUAAUAGCCCCAUACACUUUGAAUAUGUACUUUAUAAGGUAUUGCUGUGACUGAAUUUUGUUAUUCAUUUUACUGCAUCAGAAUGUGUUGUAACUUUUCUAUUGUUCUCAAGUGUGACUGUGAAUAGUACUGGAUAGUUCUGAAAAAAUCACAAGGUGAUAUUUAUCAUACAUUGAUGGUGUGGAAAUUAUAUACAUUUGUAACUGGAAACAGAAAGAGAUAAAAUGCUCUCAGAUGAAUCACAUGUUGUAGCUGUUACAUUAGAUAUUGUGUUGACUUUUUGAACAUUUCUGAUCAAAAUUUUUCAGUUCUUCAUCGCCUAUUUUUAAAACGCUGAAUUGCUUCAUAUGGUCCUGAUAAAGGGUACGUUUUGGAGCAAUCAGAAUCUUUCAUUGCAAAAUCCACACGAGAUCUAGAAAAUGUUAAGUUUUUGAGACUCAGGUGAGCACUGUGGCACAUUGGCUUUUGUGACAUUAAAAAAACUGCCAACUACUUUUAAUUCACUUUUAAGUGCAGUAGUUGAUACAUUCAAUGUUUAAUUUUUACUGUAUAUGGGCUCAAAUUGUAAAUACUUGUAAGAUAAAAGCAUCUGUGCUGGUGGGAUAUUUGUGCAAUGUGAAUAAUUUUGUGAUAUGUACUUAAAACAAUGGGGUGUAUGUUGCGUUAGUGUUUGUAGCUAAUUGUUUUAUAGCAGACUGUCUUUUGAACAUACUGUCAGCUAAAGGUGCUUUUUCAUAAAUUGGAAAUCUAUUUUGCAUACAUAUAUUAUGUACAUUGUAUGUGAAAAAUACUUAUCUUCAGACAAAUUAUUUUAUAUGGCAUCAAAUGUCUGGAUGGUUGAUUGAAGUAUAAACAAACUGAGAGGACAUUAGUAGCACUAGUUUUAUCUUUGGAACUAAAUGACUUAUCCAUUUUACUUUUUAUGCUGCCGUAAUCGGAGAUUUGGGGGGCAUAUAUUUUGGACUGUCUGUGUCUGCAGAAAUUUUAACCUUGCACAACUUUUGAAUGCUUUCAUAUUUCACAUGUGUAUUUCUGGUGACAAGGCCUUUCUUUUGGUAUCAAUUUUUUUUACCCUAUGACCUUCACCUUGGACCUACUUUUGAAAAAACUAAACCCUUGACCAUAACAUUUUGAAUGGUUAGUGCAAGGGCUUUCAUGUUUCACAUGUGUAUUCCUUGUGAAAAGACCUUUGGUACCAAAGUUUUUGACCUCAUGACCUUAAGAGUUUGACCUUAUUUUGAAAAACUAUAACCUCGGCUAUAACUUUUGAAUGGAUAGUGCUAGAGCUUUCAUAUUUCACAUGUGUAUUCCUUGUGACAAGACCUUUUUUGGUACCAGAAUUCCUUUGCUGCCAUAUGGGAGUAUUAGUGUUUCAAAAACGUACAAGAUAUUACUCCUUCGUGACACACAGUUGCAAUAGUUAUUACACAUCAGCUUUUUAUUUAUUUAUUGAAAUGGUCAGUUGCUCGUGUUUCCUUAUUCAAGUUUUUCAGUAUUUUAUAAUCUUCUAUUUUAGUAAUUUUAUCCUUUUUUUUCUUUCUUUUUUUUUACCAUAUUUGAAAAAAGUGAUUAAAUUGGUAUUUUUUUUCAAGCCCCUCAAGAGUCUGUCAGGAAUUUCCAAAGCACGAGCAACCAGUCUCUUUCCUUGUGGUAUUUAUAUUCAUGACCUACUAAUACUCUAGUCAUUUUAUGUGUGUGUGUGGCUUCUGGCUGAUGGUAUCAUUUGAAGUACAAGUUAAUUUUCCUCAGGGCCAAAGGACUUGAGGUUUCUUUGCAUUUCAUAUACAUGUAUAUAUGAAUCUCUUCCUUUCUCUCUCUCGAGUGUUCAAUAUGGUGUGCAAAGAUGAUUUUUUUUAAGUACAUGUAUAUUGUAAAUACCUAUUUUAAAAAGCGACUUUCAUGAUCUGUGAUUUCUAUACAUGACUUUUUGGAAGAAUAAAAACAGUCAGCGAUUA